UGUGCAAUCAGGAGGAGGAAACCAGGCGAUUCAGACCCGGUUCCUCUGCCGGAGAGAAAGCAGGCCUUGGUUAAGUUAAUAAGCCGGGUCUCCGGGGAGCUGGGCAGAAGCAGCCAGCAAUAUCAUCCCGCUGCCGACCUGGGAGAUCGCACCCCUCCACCCCAUCUGCUUCCCGGACCAAGGCUGCUGAGUGUAAAGGAACCCAGCCUAAUGAAUUAAUUAAUGCCUCCCCGCGGCUGCCUUUGUGGCUGCGAGGGAAGCGGCCGCAGAUUGCUGGAGGGUGCAGAUGUUAGGGGGGUGGCUGGUGGCGAGCCGGCGAUUGACAAGACAGCUAGCAGCCAGCUAGUUGGACCAUCCAUCAGCCGCCCUUCUCAGGCUCCGCUUUGCAGAGAGACAAGGCGAGCAAGACAGGGGAAAAGAUGGCGCUGGACCACCCCAUGAGACCGACGCUUUGUCCCUUCAGCGGGUCGCCCUCCUUGCUGUUAUGCUACUCCCGGACCGCUCUGAGUCAGCUGAUAGAGGCCACCACGGAGCCGCCGAAAAAGAAACCGGACCCCGUCACAUCGGAGACUGUGGUGAUCUGGGGCUUGCGCCUCUGGCAAGUGGUUGGGAUCUUUGCCCUCUUUGUGAUGAGCGUCAUCAUCACUCUGUGCUGCAUCUUCAAAUGCCGUAUUCCUCGGACCAAGAAGGAGAUUGAGGCUCGCUACGCCAAACGCCAGGCUGCCAAGACCUACGCAGACAAGCUGGACACCGUGCCUCCGCUCAAUGAGCUCACCGAAAUCCCAGGAGGCUCCACUGAAAACCUCCCAACUCUCUCUGGGCAAGUCGACUCCCUUCCUCUAAGUUCUCUGCCGGUGGUGAACGAGGAAGACGAAAUAGCACUGCCGAUCCACUAGGGGGCACCCUCUGCCUAUGACUUCCCUUUGGCUUGUUCUCGCUUUCUUUGGAGAAGGACUCUGUUGCAGAGACUUUUGAGAUUCUGCCGCCUCCCUCUGCUUUCGACCUCCUCCUUCCAGAUCUUCCUUCUCUGAUUCUGCCGUUUUCCUCUUACCGCUUUCUCUCUCUCUCGCUACAUAAAGAGGAUAUUCCAACCACGGAAGCAGGCAAUGCGUAACGCUCAGUUUAUGCAGCAAUCCCGUAGGUCUAUUGAACUCAGUGACGCUCCCUUCAGAUUGCAGUCAGUUUAACUUGCUUUAAAACAAAAAACGUGCCAAGCUUCAACGAAAGGUCUCCAGCCAUCUGGAACGCUAGCAUUAGCUUUUAACCGGAAAUUCACCUUGCGAAAGGAAAGCGUUUCCGUUCAAAUGGCUUGCAUGAAGUAGGAACCUCGCCAAAGAAAAGAAAAAGACGUACCUAGCCUCUGCUGGUGCCAACAAGGGUCCGUAUAGUAAAAGCUAUGGUUUUCCCAGUAGUGAUGUAUGGAAGUGAA